UCCGCCGCAGUAACCGUUCGAACGCCACUCGGGGAGGCCGAAUUCAAAAAUUGAACUUCGCAUUCUCAAUUCGAAACAUUUAAAAACACGUUCACAUUUUAAUUUUAUAAUUAUCGCGUUCGAUUUCUUUGAAUUUCUGUGGUCCGUUACAAAAUGUUCGUUAAUAGUGGACUUUGGAUGCAGUUAAUGUGUUUUCAGUGAUGACUCCGGAGUGCAUGGUGUUGUGUGAAACAUGAGGGUUUAUUUUGUAUAUCGGAUGCUUACGUCGACGGCAUGACGGCGCAGGACAGAGCGAACAUUUUCUCAGAGGACAACGAGGACUUGCGUCCGCGUCAGCAGAGCCUGGGUGGAGUGCUUCGCCGCGAGGGGAACUGGAAGUGCUUCCUGCUGACCCUCAUGAUCACUGGGUGUUUGGGCUCCGUGGUGUGGUGCAACACGGCUGAGAUCGACCGCGACGUCAUCGACCUAGACUCUUUCAUCUUCCGCAGGACGCCAAUCAAACGCACGGUCAGGCAGUCACCAUGCGACGUCGGCUACGCGUACAUUCCCAUCGCUUUCGUGAUGCUGCUCUACUUGGUGUACCUGGUGGAAUGCUACCACAGCACGGCCAGGAUCCAGCUGGCAAGGAGGGUAGAUGUCGCUGCUGUCAACGCAAGAGUGCACGCUAUGAGGACAGCUACACCAAGGGUCUGGUGGAAGGCAAUAUGUUAUCACUACGUGCGGAGAAAGAGGCAGGUUACGAGAUAUCGCAACGGAGACGCUUACACGACCACGCAGGUAUACUACGAAAGGGUAAACACCCACAGUGCGAGUACAUCCUUCGCGCAUGCUUGUUGCGGACAACGUGACGCGUCCAGAAACCUGGUGCUUGACACCAAGACCCCCAUCACUAAGGUCCGGUUUAGUAAAGGCUUUGCCUUUGCUAACAUCGAAGCUGCCAGCGAGUUUGAAGAUCAGAGAUCGAGGUUUUUCGCGGAACAUGAAAGGUUCGAUGACUUCAUGGAAAUGAGGGAGGGCCUCGACUUGAUCGGAGUGAGCUCCUUUAAGGAGUACAUGGUGGCUUACAGGGAGGCAGACCGGUGUCCGUGGUAUUCGUCUCAAUUUCUUUUUUGGACUCUCUCCUGCCUUCUGCUAUCCUGGCCGCUUCGGAUUCUCAUAGAAUGUAACACAGCUUACGUACAUUACACGAUAACCAAAAUAUUUGGUACAAAUUACGAGCUAGAUCCAAGCAGACAGCUGGACCUAGACACGCAUCUGUCGGAUACUCUCCCGCCGGUGACCGCCACCAACUACGCGUGGGCCCUCGCCGACGAGCAAAGUGCUGUCCUCUGCUCUGUCCCCCGUCCACCCCGCACCCUUCCCCUCUCCCACGCCUCCACUGUGGAUAGCCUCGAACUCUUUGCGGCCAUCAGAGGCAACUGUGCCUUAGUCCCCUCUUACUCAGAAGCCAUGAGAAUAGACGCUGCUUUGCGAGAAGAACCAACUGAAACGACUACCUCUGGAGUUCAAGUAGAUAUAGAACCGCAAAGACCUAGACCAACAAUCAAAGCAGCAUCUUUUGAUGAACCGCCAAGAAGACAGAGAAUCACUAUAGCUGGAACGCAUUCCAGUCACAGCAUCUCCACUAGCGCUAAAACGAAUGACGCUAAACAGCAAAAUAGACGAUCUUGGGCGGGAGUUUUAACCACAGCUAGAAGUGCCAGACAAAUUUUAGAGGAAUUUAGGACUUCAAAUCCAGUCAAUUACCAGCCGAUGCCUGAAGGAAGUGGAAGAGAAGGUGAAAGCACUCUGUAUUAUUCAAGUGAGUUGUCGCCAACCUGCUCCCGAGAUCCUUUCGGUGGUCGGGCGCAGACGACUCCGACUGAUGAACCUCCAUCCUAUGAGGAAGCCUUAAGGUUGCCAGCGUUAAGGAAAUUAACUAGGUCUAUUACGGGAACUGACAUAGCAGGUCCAAGAAGAGCCUUUUUGAGGGAUGUGUUGGCGAAUAGAAGAUCAUGUUUAGAAGGUGUAGGUGUUUUGUCCGGAGCGAAGGUGGUAAGGUUGCCUUACAGUGAGUCCGGAGAUGAGACACCUCUAUAGCGGUCUUGUGGAGAAGACUUUUAUGGUGCAUGAAAAUUUAUAAUGUAGUUGUUCGGAGUAAUGUAGCUGUUCUCGGAACCACGAACUGAUACUCGUAUUGUUUUUAAUAUAUUUACAUGCUUUGGAAUUGUUUAAAUAUUCUGAGAACGAGCUUGCGCAAUUAUUAAUAUUCGACAAAGAUUAAGAAAUCGAUGAAAUGAAUCGAUGCAAAGUUGAAAUUAUAAACAUUAUGAUUAUGACCAAUCUUGCUUACUGUCUAAUUAUUGUCUGAUCUCAGAGUAAAGAGAUCAAAGAAAUGAUUUCUGAAAGUUGGCAUACCUUAAAUUGUAUUGCUUAAGUAUUGCUUCAUCUCGCUCUAAUGUUCCCAGUUAUUUUGAAACGAAAUAUAUAAUAUCAUGGACCAUUUUAGGUCACAAAGUGUAACAAAUAUUAUAUACUUAAAUAGUUUAAAAUAAAAUGCGCUUUACGAAAGCUGAAAUAUUUUGUUAAAGUGUUAUGCAAAUAAAGAAAAAUUGGAAUUUAAAUAUUUUCAGCCUUUUGCAAUAUUUUUUUAAUAAGAUUACCUUUACAUACCUACCAAACAGUAUAAUGUACUCAGCUUAUUUAGAUUUGUACAUAGUUAUUUAAUUAGAUAUUGCUAAGUUUUACUAAUAUUAUAAGUGCGAUAGUUUGUGAGGAAGUAUGUGUGUAUGUUUGUUGAUCUAUCACAAAAUCCACUGGACAGAUUGUUAUAAAAUUUUCCAGAGGAGUAGAAUACAACCUUGAAUAAUACUCAAGGUACUCUGAAUCCCAAAAUUCCCACGGGAGCGAAGCGCCGGGGCGCAGCUAGUCUUAUUAUUAUCUUCUAUGACUUAAAUAUAAAAAUUAAUCUUUUUUAGUUUAUAUAGACUAACUAUGUCUGUAUAGGUAUCUGAAUUUAAGUGGUAUGUCGUUCUGCGCACCAAAUGCAAUUGUACCCAACAGUUCCGUUUAGAGCACCAAUCAAAAUUUGUCAGUAAUUUCAGAAAUAAUUAAAAUUAAUUUCUUCCGGGCAGUGGGUCUCAAAGUAUGGCUUUGUAAAGCAUAUGUUGGGGAUUUACAAAAUAUAUUCUUCGUCUUCGUCGUCAAGUCGACCCUAAUUGCAACAUAAAGUUAAAUUAUUAGCCAUAUUGAAAUAAGUACCUACUAUUCUUAUAACAUAAAAUAAACAAGUUGGUUGAAGAUUUUUCAUUAUUAUUACUAUUUUAAUGAAAUUUAUUUCAUUUAAAAACACCAUUGUAAGUUUAAGUCACAAUAUAAGCUUUUAGGUCAGUGCACACAAAAUAAGUUUUAAAAAUUCUAGUUUAGGUCACCGUGAAAGAAACAAAUUUUCAAAACGACUUUAUCUUCAAAAAAUGUUGAGAACCGCAGUCUUAAGGCACAUUGAUCUAAGAAGUACUAGAUAUUUUUUCGAGACUAUAAUAUAAAUAAUUCAACGAAGCAAUAUUUUAAAACAUUACAUACAAAAAGAAAAAGAUAAUUUUCCGUCUUUACCUGACCGGGGAAAGAACCCGGGACUUCCAGUCCGGCAUGUGGUCGUCAAAAUGUAAUGUCAUUCAGGGUGACCAGAACGACAUUAAUUUCAUUUGUUUAUUAUUUAUUAUUUUGUUAUUCAUUAAUUGUUCAUUUUGUAAUAUAGGUACUUUCGUAUAAGUUGAGAUUGAUGGAUAAAUACAGAUAUUUUAUUUAUUUUUGAGAUUUGAGAUAUGAUGUUGUGAUUAUUAUAUUAUUAAUAAUUUUUAAUUGGCAAUAUUGGUGUAGAUUAAUUAAUAGGGCAGUGCCUUUCGUUAAUGUCUAGACAUAGUUAGCCGACUAUUAAUUAAGAUAAAUUACUGGACAAAUGUGAAUUGAUCACCAAUUUUAUAUAUAUAGAAGAUAAUGCCAAUCAUUAUGUUAGGUAGUAGUGUUGGUAAAAUCGAUAAUUUCACUAUCGAUAAUUGGAAAUUGGGUAGAUCAUUGAUAGUUGCAUCAAUUGCCCAAAAUGAGGCAAUACCAUCGAAUGUGCACGAUACUGUGGAUAGAUAGUAUUAUUAUAAUAAAUUUAUCGAUACUUACCUUUGAUUAUUUUAGACUAUCGAUAGUCUAAUUAUCGAUGAUACCAUAGAUAGUGUUCGAUCGAUAGUAUUGUUACUCGUAAAUAAAAAAAUAAAUCGAUCGAUAAAAUUGCUUCAUUCUCAGCUAUCUAUGCAAUCGAAAGCUUGUCGACAAUUGUUUAAGCCUCAAUAGUCUAUUGAAUGACUGUCGACCAAUCGAUAGUAGUAGACUAUGUAUGGAAUGGUAACGUAAAUAAAUAGCUAAACAUAUUUUAACUAAGUAUGUAUAACCCAUAUAUGUUACACUUAUUUCAAAUAUCAACAGAUUUUUUUGUAUCGCAAUACCUAAAUAGUGUCCGUCUGAUACCUAAAGAAGUAUAAUGUAAUUUUGAAUUGUAACAUUUGUAACUGUCAACUUUGACGUUGACUUUAGCCUGCGUACCGUCGAUAUCUAGACAUCGAAAUGGCGUACCUACCUUGCGUAUUUCCGCGCAGGUUAAAGUUAACGUCAAAGUUGACUAGAACAACUCACUCAUAAAUGAUAACUUGAAUGUGAUGAAACUUGAGAAGUGAAUAAUUUAUUAUUUUUGGACGCACAAUUAAUUGAUUUUAGGAAUUCGCGGGUAAAUUUGUACCCCUAUUUUCAAAACACGUCCCAAUGCUAAGUACCUAAUUAUAAAAAGCUUGUAAAUAAAUUAGAAUAAGGUACAUAAUUAUGAGGUAACUAUGAAGUGCCAAUAAAUUUUAAGAUUGUAAUUAAGGUAAUUGAAUUGUUCAUAUAAAGUUUAACACUUUAAUAGCUACAACAUGUCCCACAGCUGGGUAAGUACACACAGUACUCUCCCACGUUAUUUUGUUACGUUUUUUCAUAUAAUAGCAUUAAUUAAGUAAGCAAUAGUCAAAAUAAUGAUUAAAUAAAAACGUAUUUAUAAAAAUCCCUCUAUGAAAUUUUAAUAUCAAUUCUUGUGUCGAAACUCAGUGUCGUAUAAAGAAAAAAAUAUAUUGGUUUGUAACUUAUAUUGAAGAUGUUUCUUUACUUCUAUCGUAUCGUAACUGGUUGCGAAUCUAAAGUUUCGCCUGCGCACGAAUCUUUCUAUUUAACAUUAUUCAAGAAAUCUGUGAAAUAAAUAAAAUAUCACUCCUUUUACCCUUUCUGUGUACACAGACCGGAGAUUCGUAAUUUCAGAAGGUUAAGGUUAAAAUCUCGAUUGCAUAAUAAAGUACCUAUGAUACAGCGCUCGUAUGUGUAAUCAUAUUAUAUUUCAUAAACGAAAGACUUAAAUGAUACAAAUUAAAUUAAAAAUCAACAAUACGCUUUUAGGUUGACAAGACGUGAUGCUCCCAUAAUAUAUUGUUAAAAAACUCAAACUUAAUCAAGUAAAGUUAAAUAUAAGAAUUGUUGUAUGUAAAAGGGGUCAAAAAUAGGAAAUAAUACCAACCAUAUACGUAACAAUAUUUUAUGUUUUGAUUCUAAAUGUAGCAUAUAUUUAUAUGCUAUAUAUAUAUACACACACAAAGUGAUAAACCAAUUGAAUAUAUUGUUAAAUAGUAACAGAAAUGCUAUAAUUCCUUCGUCAUAAAUGUUCAGAUAAAACACACCAACAAUAUUGUUACGUAUAUGGUAAACAUAAUUAUGUAGUGUAGAUAGUAUAUGUACCUAUCUAAGUAUAGCUUUUCAUGUUGCAGUCAUAUUAAAAUUGUAUAAUAUGAUAAAUAUGUAAGUAGUUAUGCUAAAUAAUUAUAUUUUCAAUUGUAAAGCGUAAGAGAAGUUUAUUAUUUUCAAUAAAGUAUGACAAAGG